ACACGGACAGCACGGAGUGCUGCUUUUCUCCACGUUUGAGUAGUUGAGGAGCGCUCCAGAGACAGCUGUUGCGUAAUGGGAUUACUGGGCGCUUUCUCCCCAGGACCAGUCGCCGUGCAUCUACAAGAGCGCGCCUGUUUUUCACCUCCAGAAAGACAAGCAUCUUGAAAGGAAAUCGGCGUACAUGCCGUGUGAUCUUUGGUUUCCUUUUUGUCAUUUUUGCGCCGGUAAACCCCGUAUGUUCUGGAUUUCCAUUAAAUAUACUUGAAAAACUAAAGAACGAAUUUACCAUGGUGAAUAAUGGGAGGAAAUUCAUAACAUAACGUAAAUAUAUUUUAUUAAUUCAGAUUCUUUGUUUUUGUUAAAUUUCUUGAUUAUGGCAUACUUUUAUGAUGAGUGCCGUACAAACCUAUUUCUAUCCUCGAGUUGGUUGCUGGAUACAAUUUUUCUCUCUUGAUUUGCAAAAAAAAAAAAGACGACUCUUUUUUUCCACCUAAUUAUUUACUUUGUGAGUUUACACUCUGACCUUUAUUGAAUAUACUAUCCAUCACCCAUGGCUGUUGCAUCUUCCUGAGGGACCAGCGGAGUGGGAUGUGUUUCCACCCGCAAUUUCAUCUCCCGUAUACUUUAAUAUUUUUUAAUUGUGGUUGAACUUCGGCUGGACAGACCCCUUUCUAUCAUAACUGGAGCCGAGAAUAAGAAACGAACGAUGUGCCGUGUCGUGUUGUCCAGUAGUCCCUGGGUUGUGGAAAUAAAGCAGGCGAAUCAAGAAAUCCCAUAAAAGAGGACCGUGCGAUCAACUGGGCAGCGUUUGGUGAGAUCGCUCAGUCUGCAAUUCAGUGUCAUCAGAAAUAGGGACGGUGCUUUCAAAGUGACCACAGAAAUAAGAGCCAAAGCCUGCAGCAUCCUGCAAUGCUCCGCAGCUGCGAUCGCUGACGUAUCCAUGCGGCCUCCCGUAAUCCUACUUUAGAUGUAUUAAAGCACACUUAUCUGGACGGUUUGAUGGAGAUCUGGUCGAAUGACAGCUGGAACUGUUGUCAUAACUGGUGGAAUUCUUGCUACGGUGAUACUCCUGUGUAUCAUCGCCGUGCUUUGUUACUGUAGGCUUCAGUAUUACUGCUGUAAGAGGAAUGAGCUGGAGGGUGACACGGGGCCCGGAGCCCAGCCACACUUCUCCUGUAAUGCGUGCAGCGCCCCAGGGCUGGACGGGACCACCGUCACGCCGCUCUCCCUGUCUCCGGACCCCACGCCGCUCCGCGGCUACUGUCCCACAUGCUCGCCCUACGGCUCUCCCUUCUACAUCCGCGCCGCAGAGGAGACACGAAAUGGCGGCGAGCGCAUCACCUACAUGCCCACUCACUACGAGAACCCAUCGAUCUCCUUCGCCCUGCCUCCGGGCCGUGGGGUCGCAAUGAGCUCUCGCAACCCGCCAGACUUCUACACAAACAGCCGGGCCAUAAGCACCGACGUCUGACCUGUAGGUGCUGGAGCACCUGAAGGGCCCAGCUGCACGAUCCCGCUCCUCUCUGCCGUUUGCAGGUGCUGGAGUGCCAGCGGUGAACUUUGACACCAUCUUGGACGUCCUUCUCAUUUUUUUUUUCUCAUUAGGAUUGAAACCCCUUCCAACACAUCCUAGAAUAAUGAAUGAGGGCUAUCAAUACUUUAGUGACACCUGCUCCUAGUUCUGUCGUGUAUCUUAUCUACUGUAUAAAGAAAAAGGAAGAUGAAUUUAUAUAUUUAGUUCUGUAAAUGAAAAAUAAAAAUCCGCAUUGUUUUUCAGUAUGAAAAAUACAGAGAGCCCGUUUUUAGGUAAAUAUUUUCACUCUGUAAAUUAAAAUGAGAGUUUAAAAAAUAAUGCAUUCUCUAUGCAAAUAUGGCAGAAGUAGGCCUUUGUUCAACACAUACAAGGACUGUCACUAUGAUAUUUACUGUUUACUGUUUUGGUCUCGCUUUGAAGAAGCGAUCUGAGUAGGGCCUGUCAUCUUCUGCGAGUGAGGAAGACAGAAUUAGCUGGUCUUUUUGAAUUUAUUCCAAAUAACUGAUUUGAAAUCAGCUGCCCCCUGCCCCCCUAGUUCUAAUGUUAAUAAAUUAAUAAUAAUUCAACUAACGAAGGGUCGCUUUUAAGAUGUGAUGCACCAAUACAUAUUUGAGGACUGAUUUUUUCCCCCCCGGGGGUGGACCAGUUUGUUUCCGUAACAGGGUGAUAUGUUUCUGAAACAGACAUCAGUGUUUAAUUUUUUUUAUAUCACAGUACUUAGGCCUAUCUUCACCGAAAGAGAUGCAUAAACUUACGUGAGUGAAAGAUGACAAUUAGUAGGCCUACCUCACUUGUUUAACUAAUUGACUCAGUUUGCUGCAUCUGUAGAAUAAUGUUCACGAAAUACUGAGGUAGCUAUUGCAUUUCAGAGAGUGGUCUUGGAAAGAAAUGUAACGUCCGCGCGUGGUUUAGCCAACUGGGGUGAAUACCUUCGUAAAUCGUAUGUCACUGUUCAACAAUUAUGUCUAUUGUCUUUUUAACACUUAAUUAUCACUGGUCUUAAUCUGAUCUUGUAAAAAAAAAAAGGAAUGUCUACAUUUAAAUAUUUAUCCAUAUUUAUUUUUGUGACACCAAUGCUUGCCGUAUAUACAGUAUUACUUUCCUCCCAGGUCUUUCUAGUUUAGAAUGUGAGGAAGCAUAAAAAAAGUUGAGUCAAUCAAUAGUACUUCAUAUAAAAAAAAAAUGGAGAUAAAUAUGUCGAUACUAAUUGUAUGCGUAGUCCAGUAAGACUUUCUCCUUUGUAGUGCACAGUUAUCUGAGGCAAUGUUCCUAUCUUUCACAAUCAACCACUUUCUAACUAUCAGUAUCAAAAGUCGGUUCGGUUCCCGCAAUAAAUACAACACACCUUCUGACCCAAGUCAAGCAAGACUGUUAACUUGGUUGGUUGUAAAAUAAAGUUUGUUACAGUUGGCUUAUGCGUAUCACACCGACUCAGACACUUACCUUCGCUUUAGUCCUUUUGCUUAUUCUCCAGGCUUAUUGUAUUUUUAACAAGAUGUAUUUUUAAAAAAACAUUCAAAUUACUGAAAAAGAACAAAAAGUGUCCACCUUUCACAGAAUGCUUUUGAAGAGAAUUAAACAUUUAUAAUUGCUUGA